GUUUGGCCAUUUUGGAUUGAGGAGAAUCACAAUUUUCUUUGAUUGAAUUUUGAGUGGGGUAAUUAUUUGUCAUUUAGCUAAUGACAAAAUUAAUCACAUCUUUGUUUUAAAUAUACACCUCACGCACCAUUAGCAAAGAAGAGAAGGAGAUAUCACCAAUUUGUUUUAAGUUUUGGCCAUUACAUUUUUACCUAUACUCUCAUGAGCUUCUUUUGAAGAAAAUGAAGGAAGAAGAACAGGUUCCUAUCAUCAAGAAGACCAUGGCACUCAAAAUUGAUGACCAUCCGGAGAGCGAAGGAGAAAGUGAUGAGGAGCUUGCCAUGUUUAAGAGAUACAAGAAGUUUAUGAAAUGGAACAAGGGAGAAUCCUCAAAAAGAUUUCCAUCAAAGAAAGGUAAACCUAAUCAAAUAACUUGCUAUGAAUCUGGAAAUGUAGGUCAUAUCAAACUGGAGUGCCCAAAGCUCAAAAAGAAGGAAGAGCUUAAAAAGGGGAAGAAGAAGGCACUAAAAGUCACUUGGGACGAUUUAAACUCCGACGAAAGUGAUAGUGACCAAAGCCAAGAAGAGAACGCAAAUGCUUGCUUCACGGCCUCCAAUGAUGAAGAAGAGGUGAAAAAUACCACUUGGGUUGUGGAUAGUGGAUGUUCAAGGCACAUGACCGGAACAAGAGGAUGGUUCACAAAUCUCAAGGAGAGAAGUCAUGGACAUGUAACCCUUAGAGACAAAUCCCGGAAGAAAGUCAUUGGUAAAGACCCUUCCAUUACUGCUGUUGUUGCCAGCAAAACCUUCGGAUUCAACACACAAAACCUUUCCGAGUGGUUCCACCUAGAGCGUCAAGGAGUCUCCUCUUAUUGCAAAAAGGGGUGGAUUUCCGACUCACAAGACUUCAACGCGGAUUUUUUCCUACGUGUUCUCAACAAUAUUGCUCUUGACCAUGUCUUUGAGGACCAGGACUAUUUCCUUCGUCGGCCCAACGUCCAAGACUUGACCGCAAAUCGUUUCAUUCUUCUUAAAAUCCUCAAGGAAAAUGUCAUCCCCGUCCUUAACAAAAAUAAACAAGUUGGGAUUUAUGAGUGUACUCUUCUUUACCUCCUCCUCACUCACAAGAAAAACAAUCCUCAAAUCGGUGUCUCAUGCUUCCUCGGCCUCUCUCUUGCAUCGUCACUCCCAAAUGGCCUCCACUUCCAAAAAUCCUUUCAAGUAGUUCAAGAAAUUCAUCCUCAAGACCGUGGUGGCUCCGAUGAGGAAACUUCAGGAAAGCCUCGAUGACCUCUCGGAUCGGAUGAAGAAGAUGGAGGACCGUGAGAAUCGCCAAAAGCAAAAUGAGGAUCGUGCUUCUAGACGUCGUCGCUAAGUGUUGGGCAUUUGACAAAAUGAUCAAACAUUCUCUUAUUUAUGUUUUCAAAACAAUUAUUUUGUUUUAUGUUUCAAAAAUCCUUAUCAUGUCUUAUGUUUAAAACUCGUAUUUAUGCACUUUUAUGAUUGAAAAUCCCUUUGUUUUGAUUGCUUAUGGUUUGAUGAUGUUUGUGGUUCACUUGAAUGCCUAUGUGUUGAAACUCAUGUUUUUGGUACCCCGCCUUUUUGAAUGUUUCCAAAAGGGGGAGAAAUAUUAGGCUUUCAUAUGCAUACAUUUAGGGGGAGUUUUUGUCAAAAUAUCACAUGCAUCAACUUAGGGGAGUUUUUAAAAUCAAUAUAUGCUUUUCACGAUA